UUUAUGAUCCGAUAUACUCAUUGUACAUAAAAGCGUUUCUUGUUUCAACUUUUUAACUUUGAAAGAUCCUUGCAUUCGUCGAAAAAAAAAAAAAUUUUUUAGUUAAUGACAAAUACCUCUUCAAAUUCUAUCUCCUCUAGGAGAAAUAUCUUUAACAGUGCGACUGCAGCACAAUUAGCCUUAAUGUCUAAUUCGUCGUCUAGUUCAACUUAUCCAAUGUCUAAUCCACCACCCGCCAUGUUAUCUCAGAUUUCCGCACCGUACUAUCGGCCAACUAUUACAACAUAUCCUCUUACAUCGACAUCCUAUGCCUCUGGCUCUUCUACACGAGCUUCUUACUAUAAUAAUCUAUCAACUUCUUCAACUGUGACCUCAAACACGUCAAGUAAGCAGUCAAAGUUGAAGACUCAGAAGCCAAAACUGCCAGAGUACUUAGCUGAUACAAGUUUUGCGGAACUAUAUUAUAAUAAUUCUAAUACGGAAAAAAGUCAAUUCGACAAGGACCCACUCGAAAACUUGGAAUUGCCAACAGCAUGGAAUGUUGACGAUAAAUGUACACACCUUAGCGUGGAUCCUGACAAACUUAGAGUAAAUUAUAUAGGCUCAGGAAAGAAUGACAUAGAUGCUGCUGCAAUAAGAGCUAAUCAUCCUAUGCCUCCACAAUGUGGAUUAUUUUAUUUUGAAGUUGAUGUUAUAAGCAAGGGAAAAGACGGCUUUAUUGGGAUAGGAUUUUGUUCAAAAAUUGUUCCUUUAAAUCGAUUGCCUGGAUGGGAAAAUGAUUCAUGGGGUUAUCAUGGAGACGACGGACAUUCUUUUUGUUGCUCAGGUACUGGUAAACCAUAUGGACCAACGUUUACGACAGGUGAUACUAUUGGAUGCUGUUUAAAUUUCAGAGAUGGCACGGCAUUCUAUACAAAGAACGGAAAGCAUCUAGGUAUUGCAUUCCGAGAUUUGAAAGGUGAUCUAUAUCCUUCGAUUGGAUUGCGGACGCAAGGAGAGUCUGUAGAAGUCAAUUUUGGCAAUAGGAAUUUUAAAUACGCGAUUGAGCAUUAUAUGAAGGAAGAAAAAGCUCGAUUAUGGCAUGCUAUUAAUGCAAAACCUAUGCCACCAAUCUCAUCGCCAUUGACCUCUUUACCUAUUUCUCAAGCCGCUUCUGAGACAAAUCUUACAGCAACAGUUCACCAACUUAUUGUGUCUUAUCUAGUUCAUCAUGGAUAUAGUGAAACUGCAAAGGCAUUUUCAACAGAUGCCGUUCAACUUGCGUCAGGCGACAGCAGUGAAAUGGAAGGUGUUGAAAGUGAAAAUUCAUCUUUAGAUUCGGAUAAGGAUAUGAUUAACCGGCAGAGGAUCCGUGAUGCUGUCCUUAAGGGUGAAAUAGAUUUUGCCAUCAAAUUAACCAACACGUUUUAUCCUUCUGUCUUGCCAUCUAAUGGCGAUAUACUUUUCCAACUUCGUUGUCGUAAAUUUAUAGAAAUGAUGGGGUUAUGUGCUGGAAGCCAGAUUACAUGCUCGGAUGAUGAUGAUGAUGAAGUUGUAAAGGUCGGUAAAGAUCAUUUAAUGUUAGAAGAGGAUGAUGAUGACGAAAUUGAAGAUAAAGUUGUUGAUGAUGAUGUAGACAUCGGUGAGGUCGUAGAUGAUGAUCUUGAAGAGGAAGAUGAUGAGGACGAAGAAAGAGAAGAGGCUGAAGAAGAAGAAGGGGAUGAUGAAUACGCAGAUGCAAUGGAAGCAAUGGAUGCAAUGGAUGUUGAUGACUACCAAAGUGAUCAUGAAUCUGUUGAAGAAGUAGAUGGUUCAGUAACACUUAUUAAAACGAAAAAAACAUCCAAGCGACGGAAAGGUGUCGAAACAGAGUUAAAUGGAUUAGAUGGAAUGAUUGAGGCUGCCAUGCGAUUUGGUCAAGAAUUACAAGACGAUUAUCGCGAUGAUAAUCGCGAAGAAAUAAAAAAAGCACUAGAGGAAACAUUUUCGCUGUUAGCAUAUACUGAUCCGCGAAAUAGUGUCGUUUCAUAUCUUCUUGAUCCUUCGGGUAGAGAACCAGUUGCAAACGCGUUAAAUAGUGCUAUUUUAGUAUCACAAGGAAAACCUCCUAUUCCUCCGUUGGAACGAGUUUACCGACAAUCCUCCGUUGUUCUUAAUGAACUUGCAAGAAAUGGAGUUGGUUCUAGUGCUUUUGUAAAUCUGCGUAAAGAUUGCCUAGUGUAAAGAACAAUUAUAUAAACAUUCAAUUAUAUAUAUAUAUAUAUAUGUUUGUUUGUUUAUUAUUAUUUUAGCGAGGACAUUUUCUUUUUUCUUUUUAUUCUUUUUCGAUCGCG